AUUCUGAAUUGUGGAGACAGACCGGGAGCUCUCUCCUCAGAAUUCUCUCCAACCGCGAGAGAGAGAGAGAGAGAGAGAGAGAGAGAGGGUCUUCAAUAUCUGCGCAGUCGAUCUCGUCCGUCCAUCGCGUGGAGCACGAAUCCAGAUGGAUCAGAUCCUGAACAAGGCGGGGAGUUACUGGUUCAGCAAGAAAGCCAACAAAGAGAUCAAUUCUGUCGGUGAUGACAUCAACUCAUUGUCUAGCAGCAUCGAAGGCGGGGCAAAAUGGUUGGUUAAUAAACUCAAAGGGAAGAUGCAAAAACCAUUGCCGGAGCUGUUGCAAGACUACGACCUAGCAAUAGGCAUCUUCCCCCGUGAUGCCACCAACUACGAGUUCAAUGAAGAGACCAAGAAGCUAACCGUAUUCAUACCCUCGAUAUGCGAAGUUGGUUACAAGGACUCAUCCGUUUUGCGCUUCUCCACCACUGUGACCGGGUAUCUAGAGAAGGGCAAGCUGGCCGACGUCGAGGGGCUGAAGACCAAGGUGAUGAUUUGGGUGAAAGUGACUUCAAUCUCAACCGAAGGAUCGAAGAUCCAUUUUACCGCUGGGAUGAAGAAAAGCAGGAGUAGGGAUGCUUACGAGGUUCUCAGAGACGGAGUCGGAGUGGAUAAAUUCUAAAAAGUUUGCUGGUAUCAUGUUGUGAUUAGUUUGGUAUUAGAUCGAUGAUUUGGGACCAUGCCGAAGCCUUUCUGCUGAGAUUAAUGGAUGUUUUUUUAUAUUCAUGGAAGUUUGUAAUUAUGGGAACCAUUUCUCUUGACAGGGCUCAUCAGGAGAAUAUACAGAUUAUCUUGUUGGUACUCAUACAUUGUCAUUGGAUCAAGCGUAAGCGUCUUUGUUGUAGAAGUAAUAAACUGUGGCUAGGAAUAUACCUGGUGACCUUACUCUUUGUGGUUUA